CGGUUGCUUUGGGUAAAGCGUGUAUCGGAAUUAGUUUCCACCGAGUUGUUUUUGGACGGUUUUUGUGUUUCUUUUUAAAAUGAGGAACCCGUUGGACAGACGCUUUUAGGAUUGUUCGGCGACAAACAGCCCUUCUCGGACCUCCGUCGCCGGGCAAGAGUCGGGCAUCGUCCGUUGGAGUUGUAUCAGAAUGGUAAAGCCCAAAGUGGGUCGGAUGUUUCUGGCGACAUGUGUCGGGUCGUUUUUCAUUCUUAUAGUAUACUUCCAGAACAUCUCAAGAUCAGCUUCUGAACAGAUUUCGGGCCGGAACAGUUUCUCAGUUAAAUCAGGAAGAAGUCCUUUGCAGACACUACAAGAAAAUGACCAGCUGGAGCAGUCUGCAGUGCAGGCCACUCUGCAGGGUCGAAGGGAGCUCCUGGAGGAAACCUGUCGCACCCACACCCACAAAAGACGUGUACUCAGCCCGGAGGACCUCCGCCACCUCAUAGUGGAUGAUAAACACAAGUUACUGUAUUGCUAUGUCCCCAAAGUGGCAUGUACAAACUGGAAACGUGUGUUGAUGGUGCUAACAGGAGAUGGGCGCUAUCGUGAACCACUGGCUAUUCCAGCAAACGAGGCUCACGUAGCGGGCAACCUGCGUUCGCUCUCGGAGUACUCCACAGCCGAGAUCAACCAGCGACUACGCACAUAUCUGAAGUUUGUCUUCGUGCGCGAACCCUUCGAGAGACUUGUCUCGGCAUAUCGCAACAAGUUUACUCGUAGCUACAACACGGCCUUCCAUAAACGCUAUGGGACCAAAAUCAUCCGGAGGCAUCGUGCGGACCCGCAGGCUGAAGCACUGGAAAAAGGCAACGACGUCUCCUUCGAGGAAUUUGUGUAUUAUUUAGUAGACCCCCAGACUCAGAGAGAGGAACCGUUUAAUGAGCACUGGGAAAGGGUUCACUCACUUUGCCACCCUUGCCUGAUCCAUUAUGACGUGGUGGGCAAGUAUGAGACUCUUGUGCAAGAUUCACACUACAUCCUGAAGUUAGCAGGUGCCGAAGGAGAGAUCAAAUUUCCCGCCACUUCCAAGAGCACCAGGACCACAGGUGAUAUGGCCGCCAAGUUCUUCGACAAAAUCAGUCCGUUUUACCAGAAGAAACUCUUCAACCUUUACCGAAUGGACUUCUUGCUUUUUAACUACUCUGUACCGGCAUACUUGAAGCUGAGAUGAACAGUUCAGCGACUUUCAACUGAUCCUAAAACUUGCACACAUGGAUGUGAGUCUUGCGGGCCCUAACUAAAAUUUCGCUCGUUUCUGGAUUCGAGUGAAUUGCCUGAGGGAACCUGUAGAGGAUGCACCUUGGAUAUGGCAUCUCCAUUGGUCCCUUGAGGCGAAAUUCAGCACUGUGAACCGAUUAGUGCUGGCUGGGGUGUUGCAUCCAUCCCAUCCCAAAAGUUCACAAAAUACUGUCUGUAAUUCCUUUGGCUUUGGUAACUUUUGACCGAGCUCCAAGUAUGUGCCUUUGUCCUUCUGAAUGUUGAUAAGUGAAGCAGGAUUCUUCAUCAACAGACAAAUACUAUGAAUGUUUCAUGUCCUUUAAUCUUCACCACACAAAGUGAUAUUUAUGGUAUUGUUUACGUAGCAUAUUUAUUGUGGAUUUUGCUCUUUAACUGGAACCAGCAAAGCUUUGACGUUAAUCUCGAAGAGAUUCCUUGAAGCUGAUCUCAAAGCCUCCUUUUUAACAUUCCCUGGAUAUGAUUUCAGACCUUAACCUUACGCCCAAUCACAAAGGUAGUUUCCAAGUCUAAAGGUAUCAAACGGUCAACUGUUUCAAGCAGAUUGCUGGUAAUAUGUUGGAGGGAGUCAAAGGUAAGGGAUGAAUUUAGACUUCUCUUGCAGUCGCAAACUGGACAAGGCUGUCUACAUUGGGUGGUUUAGCUACUCUGGAAAGGAAUGGUGUUCUCAUAGAGUCUCCCUUUCAUUUAGCAUGCAACGGGCUGUGUAAACAGUAUAUAGCUGUGGUUGGGGAAAGGUAGACCCUCAUCAGUGCGGCUCUUGUUGAGCUAUGGAUGCAGGGUGAGGUGCAAACUACUCACUUGCCAUUGCAGGUCAAACAUCAGCAUGAGCCUGGGAGGAAACACUCGUCUUAUGAAUUUGAAAUAAGGGUUGAAGUGCAAUAAAGGUUUUUAGAGAGGUAUGUGUUUGAGUCGGUAGAGGAUUAUCUAUCCCUUAGAACUCUUAAAGUGAGAGAAACGCAAUCCCUGCCAGUAGAGUUCAACGUCUUAUUAGUUUUCACGACUAUGUGAAAUGUUCUUUUGGUUCAUUAGCACUUGGUUGAAAUGACCCUUAAUAAUUUAGGUAUGUCUUCUUGUCUGCGAAAAAGCCUAUGGUAAUGGUUGAAAUGAUGAAAUCUUUAGAGAAAGGGUGAGAAUGAGUCGUCUGACUAAUAUCUGGUUGACAGGCAGACAUGUCCUGGUGCACAGUGGGUACCUCGUGUGCCACACUGCAAAUCGAACCUUCCGAAAUUGCUCUUGUAAAUGUUUUGUUGUAAAAUGUUUUCUAUCUUGAUAGUUAGGCUCUAUUUCAAUAUUGAGCUGGAAUCUUUUAGCAUUUUGAAAGGACAAAGAGAGUCAUCUAUAUGUCUAGGUUUAUAAUACAUUUCAACGAGCAAUAUAUAUAAUCAUGUGAAGAGGAACGUCAUGUCUUGAUUUGAAAGUUACAGGAGUGCCAGUGCUUGUCCUGUCAUAAUGCCAUUAUUCUGAUGUAAAAUUAUGAAUGUUGUUUGAAUGGGUUGAUUUAUAUGAGAAAUGUGACUGUAUGAGCUGAGCUUUUGAGAGUGGCGACAGUGUGUGCCAUUUGUGAUGUAACUAACAGUUUGCACCUGUUUGAAAAGCUUGUGGGCAUACAUGUGCUGCAAAACUGUGAAUGCCAAUGUGCACUAGACGAUAUGGAAUCUUGCUUUGAAGGGUAAAUUAACUUGUUUUCAAUGUAUUUGUUCUUUUCCCCAGUACACAAAAGGGGAAUACAUCAACCAACAAUGACUUCAUGUGCUUUAAUUUUUUGUUAAUAUUUUAAAUAUAAAGGCACACUGCCUCUGGUACGACAGUUAAACUCUGUUUACUGGACAAAUAUGUAAUUUUUUAUUUUUUUUUACUGUUUUAGGGACCACAACACUUAAACUGUAGAAAAAUCAUGUGAGUAAGGUUAAUUAUAAUUCAGAGUAAAUAUAUUACAAAUGUGUUGAAUAAAACUGCCACA